CCCAUCUCUAGGUGCAAUCCAAAACAAAGAGGUUAUUGCAGAAAUAAACAUAAUUUUUGUGUUUUUUAAAUGUUCUGGAAACAACUAGGCUUGUAAACACUUUUCUUGGAGAUAUACGUACAUACUGGAAGUACUGACAACCCAAGGACGUCUGGCAGUCAAAGCCGAACGAUAGAACGAACAGAUUUAUUGUAAAACCAUACAGUCGACACAAUGGAAUCGUCGUCGGUCUCCAAGACUGGGGACUUCUUCUACGGCUGGGAUCUACUCUACAAGACAGUCCAGUCGGAUGUCAACAAGAAACCGGACGUACUAAUAGCCCUCGUCCACUUUCUGCUGACUAAACACUACAACUUUCGCUGCGUGGGCGUCGGUGACGAUAAAACAUUGCCCGAAGAGGAGGGAAGCGAGCUGCUCCCGGAUAGCUGGAACGAUGACGAUACCAAGUACUCGCUGCGCUACGUGCAUGACAAGCAGCUCUACCUGCUCCUGGGCCAUAUCACCGAGGAAGCCCUGCUGGUCAACAUGAUGGAUAUAAAUACCAAGAAAGUUUCCAAUAUCUGUCUUACCCCGGACACUUUGGUGGUCGCCUUUAAGGGCAACAUUAAUGCUUUGAUGCCAACCGCUUCGGAGAUUGUGGACCGAUAUCGCAGGGAGCUGCUAGACCCGGUCUUUACAGGCAACUCGCGCGAGGUCACCACACAGACGACCAUGAGUACAACUACUCCACGCGCAGAUCCUUUACGCAUUGGCGAGCCGAGACGUGGCGGAUCCUACACCCCUUACGGCUAUGAUCCUCGCCCUUUUGGCUUUCCGGACAUUGGCCGCGGAGACCUGGAUCCACUGGGUCGCGGUGGUCCUGGUAACUUGUUUAAUUUCCCCUCGCGGCCAGAUAUGGGACCUGGGCCAGUGCCUCGCUUCGAUCCGUUUAGUCCCCUCAACCCCAAUACAGGCCGCGGACCAAAUCCGGAUCACAUGCGUCCACCGAAUUGGGACAAUGAUUAUUUUAUGUGAUUAAUCCCGGGAAUGCCAUGGAGAAAUGGCUCUCGUCGAGCGAUUUAAAUCUUAAGUUAAUAAUAACACAAUUGCUGGGAAAAACUGUU